UCCACCCCUGCUCUAAUCUUGGUCUUGCACGCUAACGCCCAAUUCAAUUUUCUUCUUUAUUGAAUUUGUUUUAGGUAAACAAAUUCUAUCUUCUCCAAGACCCAUUCUUCGCUGUUUCUGAUCACUGAGGUUUUCGAGCUCGAAUUCUAUUCAUUAAUGGCAGAAUUGAUCGGUCCGCGAAUAUACAGCUGCUGUAAUUGCCGAAAUCAUGUCUCUCUUCACGAUGAUAUAAUCUCCAAGGCUUUUCAGGGAAGAAAUGGGCGGGCAUUUCUGUUCUCCCACGCAAUGAAUGUUGUUGUAGGGCCUAAAGAAGACAGGCACCUCUUAACCGGACUCCACACCGUGGCUGACAUCUACUGUGCUGAUUGCCGCGAGGUGUUGGGCUGGAAAUAUGAGCGAGCUUACGAGGCAUCACAGAAGUACAAGGAAGGCAAGUUCAUACUUGAAAAAUCCAAGAUAGUUAAAGACAACUGGUAGUAGAAUCUGCCAUUUCGUUGUAGGUCAUGUGUUACUGUCGUUUCAUUGAGCUAUUGAUGAAUCAUGUUACUCUUGUACACAAAUUUCUCUCGACCAUCUGGAAAUUGAUCACCAUUGUUGUUUCUUCCUGUGCAUUGCAUCCUUUCUUUGUAAUUAUGGUUUGUGGACUCCGGAGGAAUUUGUCCAAUGGAUUGGCAAUUCAUGUGUUAAUAAAAUUAUGUUAUUGUU